AUGCGUCAACGGCGUCACUUCAUACAUAGCUUGUUCCCCGUCGCGCUGAAUCGUCCAUUGCCUAUUAGCCUUAAAGUUUUCCACUCGUUCACUGCAGUCGUAGCUUAUUUCUUGGACUCGUCUGAUUCACAGCUCAGAAGGGGAAGAAAGCGGAAAAUGGCCGGAGGAGGAGAUCACCACCACGUUGAUGGAGCCCAUGGUGACUUUAGGACCAAAGUCUGGAGUAUGCCCGGUGGGCCUUACUGCCGUCCCAAGCACUGGAAGCGCAACACCGCUAUUGCCAUGGCCGGUGUCUUCAUCCUCUGUAUCCCCAUCGCCAUGAUUUCCGCCAAGCUCGAGCAACGGCCUCAUAAACCAGUUCGGCCGAUUCCAUCUCAGCUCUGGAACAAGAGGGUCUGCAUAGAUCUGUCCUGCUGGCUUGUGCAGCUUCACAACGUGAAUAAAACCCACUGUGCGUUGAGGAGCAAGCUCUAUCUCCAGUGCCUCUUUCACCGCCUCAGAGCCCUUAUUGCUCUGAAUUGCAGUCUCAUUUUAGUCACUGAUGGGGCAAUUCCUUCUAUCAAAUUGUCUACAUAUAGACGGCGGUUAAAUGUUGGAACUGAGGUCAAUGAAGAUGAAAGAAAAGCUGAUAAAGUAUCAUCACUGCGGAGAAACAUGGGCUCUGAAUUCUCAUGCAUGAUGAAGGAGGCUAAAAUUCUUGGCUAUGCGCUUGGGAUUCCUUGCCUAGAUGGGGUUGAGGAGGCAGAAGCUCAGUGUGCGUUACUGAACUCAGAAUCUUUGUGUGAUGCGUGUUACACUUCAGAUUCUGAUGCUUUCCUGUUUGGUGCCCGGACAGUUUAUAGAGAUAUUUGUCUUGCUGAUGGUGGCUAUGUUGUCUGCUAUGAAAUGGCUGAUAUAGAGAGAAAGCUUGGCUUUGGUAGGAAUUCUUUGAUUUCUUUAGCUGUUUUUCUGGGUGGUGAUUACUCCCAAGGGGUGCAUGGUGUUGGUCGGGAGGCAGCUUUUCAGAUACUUAAAUCAGUUGAUGAUAACUCUGUCCUUCAACAAAUUGCUUCUGAGGGACUCCCCUUCUUGAAGAAAGCGAAGGGUUCAAAAAAGCAGGCCAAAAUCACAGGUGUAAAUCAAGAAGGGGAUGCUAACAGGACUGAAAUUGAUUUACAAAGGAAUAAAGAGUUCAUCCAAGUGAUUGAUGCUUAUUUGAAGCCUAAGUGCCAUCAAGCUGACUCUGAUGCUGUGAAUAGGGUUCUGGGUGUCUAUCCAUUUAACCGACACCAACUUCAGCAGAGAUGCACUCAAUUCUUUGAUUGGUCUCCUGAAAAGACAGAUGAGUAUAUUCUUCCUAGGAUAGCUGAAAGAGAAUUGAGGCGAUAUGCUAAUUUACGUUGUACUUCAUCAAAAGCUGGUGUAAAAAUUCCAAUGGAUGAGAUGGCAGUAAAAUGCCCUGUGUCAAGUAUUCUCAAGCAAAGAAAGCUUCAAGGAAGAGACUGCUUUGAGGUUUCAUGGGAAGAUAUGCAUGGCUUAAAAAAAUCCGUUGUACCAGCUGAUCUCAUAGAGAGUGCUUGCCCUGAAAAGAUCUUGGAGUUCCAGGAGGAAAGAGCUCAAGGAAAGAAAAGAAAUCAACGGAUACGAAGACCGAAGAAAUCGGAAGAUGAGUUAUUAGUGAAGGAUAUUGAUCUAAAACUUCAAAAGCUGCUACUUGACAUAGAAAACGAGAACCAAGACGAGGAAGCUGCCAGGUUCCCUGGAGGGCUGACAGCGGGAAAGAGUGUUGCCCUAUCCGGACCAGAUAUUUCAACACAAGAGCAGCACCUUGAGAGUGCAUUAGAAAGUAAGGCGGGCCAGAUCUCGAGUUCGGGUUGCAAAUUAUUUCCCAGUUUGUCUGAACCUGAAGUCAUUGAUCUAUCCACUCCUUUACCCAUCAAGGUUAGUAGUACAUCAAAACGUCUAGGGGGCGUGGUGGAUGUUGUUGAUAUAAUCGACUUGAGCGAGUCAGAAAAUGAAACGUCACCUGAUCAUGCUAGAAAAGCCAGAGAGCUAAGGUUGUUCAUUGCUAGAAUCGGAGAUCAUUGA